AUGCCUUUUGGUUUUGCCAGGCCAGCCACAGCUUCCUGUUCUUUUAUGGGGUGUGUGUGGGGGGAGACUUCCUCUCCCUCAUUCCUUGGGGUUCUGGUGGGCUGUGAGUCACUGGGCUCCUCCCUUUUCCCCAACAGGCAGGCAGGCACCCAGACCAGAAUCCGCCUCCCUUCGCCAGGAAGGGCAACCUGGGAGGAGCAGGACAAGGUCCUCGGUUAUGUGGGAAUAAGUUAUUGUGAUGUCUGCCUCCCAGAGAAGAUCCUUGAGGGCCCCAGGGUGGCCCUGCCUGAAUCAUGUCCUUUCUGA